AUGGCGGCGAGGGCUGCAUGUACCGGCCGGCUGCUCAGAGCAACCACCGCCAAGGACAGCCGUCUGCCAUCGUCGUCCCCGGCGGCCAGCCGGCCGGCGUGCCGCAUCCCGUCUCUCAAGUUCCCGUUCCUGUGGGACACCAAGGCGAGGCAAGGGAAGAUCAGCCGCGCCGCCGAGCAGAGGGCGGCGCUGAUCACCCUGGGAGCAGCCAGCGCCAGCACCACGGAGGAGAAACAACUCCUGCCGGGGGAAGCGAGCAGCGUAGAUCUCCUGCUGCCUCUGGCGUACGAGGUCACCAGGAGGCUGGUGCUCAGGCAGUUCGGGGAGACGUGGCUGGCCCUCACACGGCGUCGCUGGGCCAAGGUCGCCGAGGCCGUCGUCCACCAGGGCAUCGUCAGAUGCCAAUCGUUCACGCUCAUCGGCGUCGCAGGAUCGCUCCUCGGUUCAGUCCCAUGUUUUCUCGAGGGCUGUGGUAUUGUUGUUGAGUCGUUCUUCUUGCAGUUCCGAGCCAUGUCCCAGACAGUAGAUCCAGCCGAGAUCAUCAAACUGCUCAUCGAAGCAUUAGACAUGUUUCUGAUCGGCACUGCUCUGCUCACGUUUGCCAUGGGGAUGUACGGCAUGUUCUACGGCUCGCAGCGCGUCCAGGAGCCCAUCUACGAGAGGCUGAAGAAAGGGGCGAGGAUCCGGUCCGUCACGCAGGCCAAGUCGAGGUUCGGCCACGCCGUGAUCCUGCUGCUCCAGGCCGGCGUCCUCGAGAAGUUCAAGAGCGUGCCGCUCGUCACCGGCCUCGACAUGACCUGCUUCGCCGGGGCCGUGCUCGCCUCCUCCGCCGGCGUCUUCCUGCUGUCCAGGCUCUCGGCGCAUCCGCAGUCAUGCAACAAGCAAGCCUCCUUCGCGUGA